GGCAAUGACCAAUGAACAGUUAGCUGAUAUCAGGGUGCGAUUGACAUCGGAUUCUGAAAAAGCUGAGACUAUUCUAAAAGAACUAAAAGACAACAAAAAGUGGGUAGAAAAGUAUUCAACUUUACAAUCUCUUACGGAUGAUCUAGAAGUAUUGCUUGAGUUCCAACGUGAAGGGGAAGCCACCGAAGCAGAAGUAGAUGAAAGGUAUCAAGAAAUGUUAGCUCAUCUCGAUGACAUCGAAUUCAGAACUACCUUAGACCAACCCGAAGAUCAACUCAAUUGCACCUUUGAGAUCAAUGCAGGUGCAGGCGGAACGGAGGCUUGUGAUUGGACAUCGAUGUUGCAUCGUAUGUUUGUAAUGUGGGCCGAUAAAAAUGGCUUCAAAGUGACAGAACUUGAUAGGGUAGAUGGUGAUGUUGCUGGUAUAAAGUCCAUAUCUAUAGAAAUCGAAGGUGAGUAUGCAUAUGGUAUGUUAAAGGGCGAAAAUGGCGUCCACCGUCUAGUGCGCGUGAGUCCAUUCAAUAGCCAAGGCAAACGUAUGACAUCAUUUGCAUCGGUAUUCGUCCAUCCUAUGAUAGAUGACACUAUUGAGAUCGAGAUAAGUCCAGCAGACAUCGAAUGGGAUACCUUCAGAGCACAAGGCGCAGGAGGUCAGAAUGUCAAUAAGGUAGAAACUGCAGUCAGGAUCAAACACAUACCAACAGGAAUCGCCAUUCAGUGCCAAGAAGCAAGAUCGCAACAUAUGAACAGAGAGAAAGCGCUCAAAAUGCUUAAAUCUAGGCUUUAUGAGAUCGAGCUUGAAAAACAGAUGGUAGAACGGAAUAAAAUCGAAGCGGGCAAGAUGAAGAAUGAAUGGGGAUCACAGAUACGUUCCUACGUGCUAGAUGAUCGUCGGGUAAAAGACCAUAGAACAGGUUUUGAAAGUAGAAAUACAGAUGCUGUUUUAGAUGGAAACAUCGAUGGAUUCUUGAAAGCGUUUUUA